UGUGUCUCUGUGUGUGUGUGUGUGUGGCCUCAGUGAUCCAGAUAAGCUGAUUGACGGUGAGGAGAAACAGGAGGCUGCAGCGACCAGCUCGUGGAAACCGUCCGAGGAGAAAGUGGCAGCAAUGAACCGACCGGGUUUUGGUGUGGCUUCAUCAUCCAUGAACUUCACCACAAGGAUAUCAGAAAAUGGAUGCUCUCCCUCAGAUCUAACAGAGGAGGACGUAGAGAGUCUACAGAUUGAACUUUCAAAGAUUGAGGAUGAAAUUCAGACCCUGCGGCAGGUGCUGUUGGUCAAAGAGAAAUAUGCCACAGACAUCAGGAGGCAGCUGGGUAUGAGUCCUCUCAGUAACAUCAAACAGAACCUGUCCAAAGGCUGGCAAGACAUCCAGACCUCAGCGCCAUAUCUCUCAGCCUCUGCCACUUUGGAGGACAUCAGCCACUCGGACAUAUAUGUGAAGACACGGGACAGUCUCUCUCAUGCAGGCCAGGUGACAUCUUCCACGCUGUCCAAUGUGGGCGUGGCCCUCACCAGGAGACUGGCAGAGAUGAGAGCUCUGCCUCUCCCGAGCCCACCACGGUAAGAUCUUCCCCUGAGCCACACCAUGAGUGUGCCGACGAUGAGACAUUCCUCCACAUUCAAGUCUUUUGAGGAGAUGGUCGGCAGUGUGAAGGACAAGAUCACUGGCAGUCCAGCAAAUAAUGGAGAC